AUGGCAGAAGCACCCUCCAAGCUCGUCAACAACGAGCAGAUACAGGCUGCCAGUCUGCAUAAUCCUCGUCCACUGUUCCUGCGGCAGUACGUAUGGCCGUUCACGAUCCUGUGGCCUAUCUUCCUGGCCGUCUACACCAACGAAGACCUGUACGAUGACUACAUCGAUGGCAAAGAGUGGACCUUCGUCUGGGUGGCCACCAUUGCUACACUGCAGUCCCUGGCCUGGCUGUCCACCAAAUGGAGUGUCAGCGUCGCAACCACGUUUACAACCUACAAAGCACACUCAGUCGACGAAGCAUCUCUGAUCAAGGUCAUUCCCAUUACCAAUUCCGGCACUCCACAGAUCUGCAAACUCGAGCGCGAAGCCGACGGCCGAACUUCAUUCCUCUACCAGAAGAGACGCUUCAUCUACUACCCCGAUAAGGCUACUUUGCGCCUCUCACCUUCGCUCUAG